CUUGUUUCUUGCGUCGCAAUCUGGCCACACAGAUUGCAACUUGCAAUAUCGCACCGUUGAAUUUCCCAUAACCUACGGUGAAAAUUCUGGAAGAUCUGUGAGAGCUUAUAUAUUCCCUGCGAUCUCUUUGAUCCCGUUGUGUCUCAGUUUGUACAAAACCUUCGGCAUUGUGUGAUUUCUGUGAAACUCAUUAACGAGAUUUAAAACCAGCAAUGAAUCCAAAUUCAGAGACAAAGCUUGCUGAAAUCAAAUUAGAUAUUAAAGAGCUCAACAGUUUACUUAAACAAGCCCAUAGACAACGAAUCAAAGAUGUGCUGUCGUUGGAAACCAGGAGGUUACAGACAGAAGAAGCAAAAUUACUCGAAGAGAUCAAAAAAGCAUCUGUCAAUUCGACAACCGCAUCACUCAACAACACUCAAAAGUGUUAUGAAGUAAAAUUGAACAACUAUGGAUGGGAUCAGACACGCACAAUAGUGAAGAUCUACAUAACAUUGAAGGAUGUUCAGCAGUUGCCCAAAGAAGCCGUCAUAUGCAAUUUUACAGACAAGUCUUUGGAUUUGCGAGUACUCGGUCUGGAUAAUAAAAAUUAUCGUUUGUCGAUCAACAAUUUAUGCGCAGAAAUCAACGUCGAGAAAAGUAACUACAAGGUAAAGACCGAUAUGAUUAUCGUGUCACUUCUCAAGAAGGUUGCCAAGGACUGGUCGCAUGUUACAUUAGUGGAGAAGAUGAUCAAGGAGGCGAAGGCGCCAACGGUGCCAGAUUUGGGCGAGGACAAUGAUCCCAGCUCUGGUCUGAUAAACCUUAUGAAGAAGAUGUAUCAGGACGGCGACGACGAAAUAAAGAAGACGAUAGCGAAGGCAUGGACGGAAAGCCAGGAGAAACAGAGGAAUGGUACAAUGGAAUUGUAAUUUCAGUAUUGAUCUAGAUGUAAUCAAUAUUAAACAACCAAUGUAAUCUGAAUAAUAUCUUAUUUUUUUUUGUAUUUUAUAAUUUAAACAAAUUUUAGAGUAACGUGUAAAAAGUGUAAGUCUGAUUAAUUUUUUUUUUUGCAUAGCGAAGAAAUUGUGCAAAUAGAAUUAAAGCAACUACAAAUUUUUAGUUCUAAUAUGCUUUCUCUUACACUUAUCUCUAUUUAUCUAGUUGUGAAAUUAAAGAAAAUAUAGAAAUCAGUAUAUAGUUUGCAUGGACAUAUAUAUUGAUUGCUAGAAAAAUGUUUUCUUUUAUGUUGAAACCUUAUUUAAAAAUGUGAUACAUGCGUUUAAUAGUAGCUCACAUCAUUGAUAAAUAACUAGAAAAGAUUUGUGCAAAAGAAUUGUACACAUUGUAAACAUUUUCAUUUUUGCGGUUUUUUUCUGUAUAUUUGUGUCACAUGAGAGAUCAAUAAAAGAGCCAUGCUUAACUAAAA